CUCGGCGGCCGUCCGCAUGCUGCAGGGCCUUGGCCUACUUCAUCCCACCGCUGGACUUUUGCUCGGAGGGGUGGUUCCGCACGCUGACUCGUCCUCUGAUGUCUUGACGUUCAUAUGAUCGUUGGCGUUCUUGACAAGAGCAAAGAAACCCCACAGCAGAUUGUCUUCGACCAAUUGACUAGAAUUGCAAAGACUCGCAGGGCUCGCCCACGACUCAUACACGAUCUACCCAUCGCCAACUGCGGAUAGCUCCGGCAUCGCAUUACGAAAGCGUCGAGAUUCUUUCUAAGCAUUGCCAACCCACGACCAACAUUGCGACGGACGGGUAGCACCAUUCCGAGCGCCUCUGGAGACUACAAGAGAAGAGAAGAAUACUAGCAAACCAGUACAUAUAGCGACAUCAUCACAAUGCCCGCCGAACUCAACAGACUCCCCGCUAAUGGCACCGUCAACGGCAUCAACGGCCACACAAACGAGCUCUCCAACCCCACACCAGCAGACUCCGCAUUCGAUUCGAUACCAGACGUCGUAGCAGCAUUCGCCAACGACGAGUUCGUCAUCGUCCUCGACUCGCCCGACCGCGAAAACGAAGGCGACCUGAUCAUCGCCGCCGAAUCGCUCACGCCCGAAAAGGCCGCCUUCAUGAUCCGCUACAGCUCCGGCUACAUCUGCGCGCCUCUCACUGUGUCAAGAGCUGCGGCCCUGCACCUCCCGCAGAUGGUCGCAGACAACGCGGACCCCAACCGCACUGCGUAUGCGAUAUCGAUUGAUGCGAACGAUGAGAGCGUCAGCACGGGAAUCAGCGCGCAUGACAGGAGUCUGACGUGCCGCAUGCUCGCGGAUCCGAACGCGAAGGCGAGCCAUUUUAGACGGCCGGGUCAUAUCUUGCCGCUGCAGGCGAGAGAUGGAGGUGUGCGGGUAAGAAGGGGGCAUACAGAGGCAGCAGUCGAUCUGUGCACACUGGCAGGCAAGCAGCCUGUAGGUGUUAUCUGCGAGAUGAUCAAUGAUGGAGAGAGUGUGGAUGGGAGACCGGAGUUAGUGGGCGGUGGCAUGAUGAGGACGGACGAUUGUUUGAAGUUUGGAAAGAAGUGGGGGAUUAAGGUGUGUACGAUUGAGGAUAUGGUUAGGUGGAUCGAGGAGAACGAGGGGAAGCUGCCGGUGCAGGCGGUGUGAUUGCAGCGAAGAGAUGACCUGGCAAGAUGACAUGGCCAGACGAUAUGGCUGUACAGAUGUCCGGAAGAUAGUUGCGACUUUGUGCAUGUUUGGGAGUAUCUGGGAUCUCUCGGCUCUGUUCUGCGGGAUUGUACUCAGUAGAUGUUUAGUACCGCGCAAGCGUUCCAAUACAAGCUCAGAACAAGA